AUGAAGACCCGCUUUAGCACCGUUGACCUCCGUGCGGUACUUGCGGAGCUGAAUGCCAGCUUGCUAGGAAUGAGAGUAAACAAUGUUUACGAUGUGGAUAAUAAAACGUAUCUUAUUCGUCUUCAAAAACCAGACUUUAAAGCUACACUUUUACUCGAAUCUGGCAUACGAAUUCACACAACAGAAUUUGAGUGGCCUAAGAAUAUGAUGCCGUCUAGUUUUGCCAUGAAGUGCCGAAAACAUUUGAAGAGUCGGAGAUUAGUCAGUGCAAAACAGCUUGGUGUGGAUAGAAUUGUAGAUUUUCAGUUUGGAAGUGAUGAAGCUGCUUAUCACUUAAUCAUUGAGCUCUAUGACAGGGGGAACAUUGUUCUUACGGACUAUGAAUACCUAAUUUUAAAUAUCCUAAGAUUUCGAACUGAUGAGUCUGAUGAUGUUAAAUUUGCUGUUCGUGAACGCUAUCCAAUUGAUCAUGCUAGAGCUGCUGAACCGUUGCUUACCUUGGAAAGAUUGACUGAAAUACUAGCCAGUGCACCUAAGGGUGAACUAUUGAAGAGAGUUCUUAAUCCAUUACUUCCGUAUGGGCCCGCUCUCAUUGAGCAUUGUCUUAUAGAAAAUGGAUUCCCUGCCAAUGUCAAAGUGGAUGAAAAAUUUGAAAGUAAAGAUAUUGAAAAAGUACUUGUUUGUCUACAGAAAGCAGAAGAGUAUAUGAAAACAACAUCCAACUUCAAUGGAAAGGGGUAUAUCAUUCAGAAAAGAGAAAUAAAACCAAGCCUGGAAGUAGAUAAGCCAACUGAAGACAUACUCACGUAUGAGGAAUUUCAUCCUUUCUUGUUUUCUCAACAUUCACAAUGUCCAUAUAUAGAAUUUGAAUCAUUUGACAAGGCCGUAGAUGAAUUUUAUUCCAAGAUAGAAGGUCAGAAAAUAGAUUUAAAAGCUUUACAACAGGAAAAACAGGCAUUGAAGAAAUUAGAUAAUGUCCGAAAGGAUCACGAAAACAGAUUAGAAGCUCUUCAGCAGGCUCAGGAAAUAGACAAACUUAAAGGAGAACUUAUAGAAAUGAACUUACAAAUAGUUGACAGAGCCAUUCAGGUUGUUCGAAGUGCUUUAGCCAACCAGAUAGAUUGGACGGAAAUCGGGUUAAUUGUGAAAGAAGCCCAGGCUCAAGGAGACCCUGUUGCAAAUGCAAUCAAAGAAUUAAAACUACAGACAAACCAUGUAACAAUGCUGCUAAGAAAUCCAUACUUGUUAUCAGAGGAGGAAGAUGACGAUGUUGAUGGUGACGUCAGUACUGAGAAAAAUGAAACCGAACAGCCAAAAGGAAAAAAAAAAAAGCAAAAGAAUAAGCAACUGCAGAAGCCUCAGAAAAACAGGCCAUUGCUUGUUGAUGUUGAUCUCAGCUUGUCAGCAUAUGCCAAUGCCAAAAAGUAUUAUGAUCACAAGAGAUAUGCUGCUAAGAAAACGCAGAAGACUGUUGAAGCUGCUGAGAAGGCAUUCAAAUCAGCAGAAAAGAAAACAAAGCAAACCUUAAAAGAAGUCCAAACAGUUACCUCUAUUCAAAAAGCAAGAAAAGUAUAUUGGUUUGAGAAAUUCCUCUGGUUCAUUAGCUCAGAGAACUAUCUAAUUAUUGGUGGACGAGAUCAGCAACAGAAUGAAAUAAUUGUGAAAAGAUACUUGACACCAGGGGACAUUUAUGUCCAUGCUGACCUUCAUGGAGCAACUAGCUGUGUAAUUAAGAAUCCAACAGGAGAGCCGAUUCCCCCUCGGACCUUGACUGAAGCUGGCACAAUGGCUCUUUGCUACAGUGCUGCUUGGGACGCUCGAGUUAUCACUAGUGCUUGGUGGGUGUACCAUCAUCAGGUAUCUAAAACAGCACCAACUGGGGAAUAUUUGACCACAGGAAGCUUCAUGAUAAGAGGAAAAAAGAAUUUCCUUCCUCCUUCACAUCUAAUGAUGGGGUUUAGCUUCCUCUUUAAGGUAGAUGAGUCUUGUGUUUGGAGACAUCGGGGUGAACGAAAAGUCAGAGUGCAGGAUGAAGACAUGGAGACACUGGCGAGUUGUACAAGUGAGCUCAUAUCAGAAGAAGUGGAACAACUAGAUGGGGGUGAAAGUAGCAGUGAAGAAGAUAAAGAUGAAUUACAUGAAACUCCUGUGGAAGUGGAGCUCGUGACUCAGGUUGACCAAGAGGAUAUUACUAUUCAGAGUGGUGGCAAUGAACUAAAUGAACUAAUUCAGGAAGAAAGCUCUGAAGAUGAAGGAGAGUCUGAGGGGGUGGUAAAAGAUCAGGAACCUGUUGGUGAAAUGAAGGAUGAAGAAGAGACAUUACAUUAUCCUGAUACUUCCAUUGACUUGUCCCACCUUCAGUCCCAAAGGUCCCUCCAGAAAUUGGCUUCAAAAGAGGAAUCUUCUAAUAUGAGUGACAGUAAAUUGCAGAGCCGGAGGCAUUUGUCAGCCAAGGAAAGAAGGGAAAUGAAGAAAAAGAAGCUUCCAAAUGACUCAGGAGAUUUAGAAAUGACAGAAGGAAAGGACAAAGAAAAAGAAAAUGCUCUACACAUUGAAACUCAUCAGAACACAAGCAAAAAUGUCCCAGUUGUUCAGCCAAUGAAACGAGGACAAAAGAGUAAAAUGAAAAAAAUGAAGGAAAAAUACAAGGACCAAGAUGAAGAAGAACGUGAGCUCAUCAUGAAAUUGCUGGGAUCUGCAGGUUCGAACAAAGAAGAAAAAGGGAAAAAGGGAAAGAAAGGCAAAAUAAAGGAUGAACCAGUGAAGAAACAGCCCCAGAAACCUAGAGGUGCACCAAGAGUUUCAGACAGCAUAAAGAAGGAAACUCCAUCCCUUGAAGUUACCACUCAUGAGUUACAAGACUUGGCUGUAGAUGAUCCACAUGAUGACAAGGAAGAACAAGAUCUAGACCAACAGGGAAAUGAGGAAAAUCUGUUUGACUCUUUGACAGGGCAGCCACAUUCUGAAGAUGUACUACUGUUUGCCAUUCCAAUAUGUGCCCCAUAUACCACCAUGACAAACUAUAAAUACAAAGUGAAACUUACUCCUGGAGUUCAGAAAAAAGGAAAAGCUGCGAAAACAGCCUUGAAUAGUUUCAUGCAUUCCAGAGAAGCAACAGCAAGAGAAAAAGACUUAUUCCGCAGUGUAAAGGACACGGAUUUAUCAAGAAACAUUCCUGGCAAAGUGAAAGUGUCUGCACCCAAUCUUCUGAAUGUAAAAAGAAAAUAG